UGCCCCUCUUGGCCAUCCGCUCCGUGCUUUUUCUUCGCGCCCGCUUCUUGUCACCUCCCGUCUCACCCUUCUCGCUCCAUCCCAUCGCAUAUACCGCCAUCCCAGUGUCUCAGAAAGCCGGAGGUGGUGCACUGGGCUGCACAGGGCGCGACCUCAGGCGGUCCCCAGCUCGGCAUUAGGGGGCGCGGACAACAGCAUGGACACCAAACGCUGCUUCGCCAACCGCUUCGAUGACUACCAAGGCAGCCUGCUGGCGGGCCAGUGCGAGGAGGCGGUGGCGCCCCUGGUCACCGCCACCAUCGAGCGUAUCCUCCAGGAGUUGCCCCCGCUCGGGGGCGGCGCUGAGGCCCGGGGGGCAACGGCUGGAGCAAGCGGCUGCCAGUGGGGGCUUUACGGCGGCGUGGCCGGAGUGGCCUAUAUGCUCUACCACGUCUCACAGAGCCCGCUCUUCGCCGCAGCCCGGGAGCGCUACCUGCGUUCGGCCAAGCGCCUCAUCGACGCGUGCGCCCGUGCCGAGGAGUGGGGCGAGCAGGACGCCGACACCCGCGCAGCCUUCCUGCUGGGGGGCGCGGGCGUGUACGCGGUGGCCACACUGGUCUACCACGCUCUGGGCAGGUCCGACUACGUGCAGCCACUGGGCAAGUUCCGGGCUCUGUGCGCCGUCUGCGCGCCGGUCUCCUUCCUCGAGUGCGGCUCCGACGAGCUGUUCGUGGGCCGCGCGGGCUACCUGUGUGCUGCGCUGGUGCUCAAGCAGAAGCUCGCCCAGGAGGUGCUGACCCCAGCACAGAUCAAAUCAAUUUGCCAGGCAAUUCUGGACUCUGGGAAGCAGUAUGCCAUAAAAAAGAGGAAACCAUUCCCACUGAUGUAUUCUUACUAUGGAACAGAAUACUUGGGGGCAGCUCAUGGCCUAUCGUCCAUACUUCAGAUGCUUCUUUCUUACCACGAGCACCUCAAGCCCUCAGAUCGGGAGCUGGUGUGGCAGAGUGUGGACUUCCUCAUGGAACAGGAACAGAACUGCAACUGGCCACCUGAGCUCGGCGAGACCAUCAAGAGAGAGAAUGAGCUGGUCCACUGGUGCCAUGGCGCUCCAGGAAUUGCCUAUCUAUUUGCCAAAGCUUAUCUGGUUUCCAAGAAACCGCAAUACUUGGACACCUGUAUCCGGUGUGGGGAACUCACAUGGCAGAAGGGCCUGCUGAAGAAGGGGCCAGGGAUCUGCCAUGGUGUAGCUGGCAGUGCCUAUGUCUUCCUGCUGCUAUACCGACUCACAGGAAACUCUAAAUACAUCUACCGGGCCCAAAGGUUUGCUCAAUUCCUAUUUACCGAGGAAUUCAAGGCUGGUUCUCGCGUCCUCGAAAGUAUAUACAGCUUGUAUGAAGGCUUCUCCGGAACAGUGUGCUUUCUGAUCGAUCUGCUGCAGCCCAAUCAGGCUGAAUUCCCUCUCUUCAGUGUCUUUGUUUAGAAGGCUCCUUUUUUCCAGUGUGGCCCUGCACAAGUCCCCUAAGAUAUCCUGAGCCUACCCAAGGCAAUUUCCACAUAAGCCACAUUCAAAUGGUAUCACAGCCACGAGCCUUAACAUUGCUGCCAGAAGGCAGGGAACAGGCAGGUGAAGGCAAUAUGAUACCAGACUUGAGAGAGAACCUACAAAAUAAAGAUACCAUAACUCAUCUAAUAACCACAGAGAUUUAAUAUUUCAGGGAAUAGCUGUAAAACCGGAGAGAAGAGGAAAAAGGCAAAGAGUAAUGAUCUGGUUUUCAGUUAUGACAUAGGAACCCUGAAGUGAGGACUAUGGGAAUAAAAUUCUAAUGCCUUCAUAAUUAGACAGAGUAUUUGACCAUUUGUGGGUGCCUCCCACCCCCAAAUUCAGAAAUAAGGCAAUAAACACUUAAGUAAUUGCCCGGCUGGAAAUUGCUAGGAGCGAUGAAGCGUCAGGUUUCUGAAGGACAUAAAAGAAAACUCUUGGUUGUCCUAGGCCUUUACUUAUUGAAAUCUA